UUGAAAAAUAUAAUUCAAACAACGAGAAAGGCAAAUUGUCCACAAAUUUUCUCAAUAGACGACGAGCUAAGGAUUGAAAAUGGCCGCAAACUUUGUGCAGAAGCGCCUGCAGUUCGAUGAAGAUGUGGAAGAUGAUGGGCAGCUGGAGGAGAAUCAAGAGAAUGUGGAUCCAACACGGUUCAAGAAAGAAGGAGCCCUCGAUGGCGGAAGCUCAGUUUUGUCUCCGAUGGCGGUGCUAUCACAGAAUUUGCAAGUUGCCCAUCUAGAGGGAGGCAAACUACCCCUGCAGGACAUGCGUGGUGCCAAGGGGCGCCAAUCGCUCAAGCAGAAACCAUCUUCGUCCAAUCAUGAUAACCGAAAUGCCAUGAAGAUGAGGAACGAACAGCCCGAGAACAAUUUACCAAAUGAUGUGGAUGAGCCCGAUGAUAACUCUCCAAAAUUAUUGCGGAACGAACUUUCGCGUUCCCGUCGCUGCCUCAACUUUGCCAAAAAAGCAGAGCAGCAGGGGCCGGAUAAGUUGUCCAAUACCCUGAAGAGGCCCCUGCCCAUGGACAAUGCCGACAUAAUGAACGCUCUUGCCCGUGACACUCAUGCCAACGGGCCCGCUUUGAUUGGAGACUUGAGCAAGCCUUGUGCCUUGCCCGUGCUUCAGAAGGAUGUGCGGCAUCGGGAUUUGAAGACCAUUUCCUCUGAAACUUUGGCGCACCUGUUGCGCGGCCAAUUCAAAAAGCAAAUAGGCAGCUAUCGCAUCAUCGACUGCCGCUAUCCGUACGAGUACGAAGGCGGCCACAUUGAGGGCGCUCAGAAUCUCUACACACAGGAGCUCAUUAGGAAAGCGUUUCCAGUUUUGAACAAGACUCGCAGUCCCAAGCGGGAGCUACGCAAUAUUUUUAUAUUCCACUGUGAGUUCUCCUCGGAGCGUGGUCCAAAACUGAUGCGUUUCUUGCGCACCAGCGAUCGCACCCAGCACGCACACAGCUAUCCACAUUUGGAUUACCCCGAAAUCUAUUUACUCCACAAUGGCUACAAGGAGUUCUUCGAGCAGCAUUCCGAGCUCUGCACUCCUUCCAACUAUAUACCAAUGCUGGCGCCUGCACACAACGAGGAGAUGCGCCAUUUUCGUGCCAAGACCAAAGCCCAACAGACUCCGUCCACAGAUCAGAACCACAGCAGCAGAAGAAAAUCCUGGAGGGCAAUGAAUCUCGAUAAUACUGGCGGCAACAACAACGGGAGUGCACCCAAAAAACCACGCUCGCGUUUGCCCUUUGCGGAGAUGUAGGAAAUCAAGUACGACAUAUGUGCGUGCAGCACACAGCAUACAACUAUACAUACUAUAUGUUCAAUUUACAAAAUUCGAUUUAAGUUUUAAGUGUUUAGAAAAACUUGAACAUUUCUAGUUUCUAGAAGACAGAACAGUUUAGCUUUUGGUUUGGUUGCGUUAAUUACAAUUCCUUAUUGAGUUCUGUUAAUCUUCGACCGGAAGGGGAGAAUCAUUUAACCACUUCUCCUGUCUGGAAAAUUGCCAAAAUUGAAAUGUUAAGUUACGUUAAUGUUUAAGUUAAAGCCAUCAAUGUACAACACCUAGAGACAACACCUGUAAAC